GUUGAUGUCACACAGCAUGUGCCUCAGACUAGGGGAGACAUAAGAGCUAACAAUGGCUAUCCAUACCAGCAGGCCGCCCUUCUGAAAGUAAGCUCUUCGAACUUAGACCUCACUCUCAUACCCAGAAAGCCUCCUGACAUCUCUUUCCUACUCUCAUGCCAUGUGUUUUUAUUUUUUAUAACCUACUGAGUCCAGUAUGUAUAAGCCUUUUGACCUCCGGACAAUAAUCACGAUCAUCAUUGGUUGCGGGAUCCUGACAGCCAUGUUUCUACUGAUAGGACUUGUGCUCUGUCUUUACUCCAAAAUAUCCAAGGCUCUGAAGUCCCCUGGAACCACAAAGGAGGCAGAUGAUGAAUGCUAUAUUGAUCCAUGCAAGGACCCCCAGGAGAGCAUCAUCCUGGCCAACAGCAUCCCUGCUGAGGCUUGUCAUUCCUACCAGGCCAACACCAUUGCUGUUGCGAGUUGCGGUCCUCUCCAGUGUUGUAAUGUAUGUGGUGUCUAUGCAGAUGUUAACUCCCUGCCACCCUGCCUUUGUAGCAUAAGGGAAGGACUCUGACAUGGCACCUACGGAUAAAAGGAAAUCUUCAUGAUCAGUAUUUCAAUUUCUUAUUAGAAUAUUUUCUUACUCAAGCCAAUUUCUAUAGUGUUUAUGUUGUGUACUAUCUAACAUGGUGUUUAUGUACUUUUGUAUAAAUGUACAAUAAUGAAAACAA